AUGGACAAUUCCACUUUUCCAAAUAACACCACCUCACAUUUUUCUGAGGCGGAUCCGAUUUCUUUCUUCAAUUCUUCAGAAGACUAUGUUUUCGCUAAUGUGACGGAAACUGCUAUUUCCCCAAGAGAACUGGUCUUUGAAUACGACGGCGAUGAGUUUGACACUGUCAACGAAACUUACGCCCUCGUCAACGGAAUUUACCUCGAAAACGGAACAAUUGGAAACGACACGCUUGAUGGUCGACGAUACGUACCUUCGGCUAUUCCCGAUUACCUCACUACAACUAAACCAACUGAAGAGACGAAGGGUAACGACGGGAAACAAGGUUUCAUAUUCCUGUUCGGGCUUUGUGGAAUCAUUAUUCUCAUCGGUCUUCUCCUCAAGUUUUUCAACAAGGGAAAAGAUCAAGAAGAAGAUGAAGAGCACCAGAAUCUGAAAGCGAAUGAAAACCCGAACGAAAAAUUUAGCAAAAUGUAG